AUGGGGGUUUUCUUUGGAAGGCCGAGACAGCUUGGUGUCGCAGUGAUUUUCUCUGUUAUUAUCUUUGUUGUUUUUCAAAUCAUCUAUACUGAUCAGUUCGCUCUCACCGGAGACUUGACACAGUCUAUACAGAUAGUGGACGCAUGUUCGCCUGAUGCACUCGAAGAUGUCCAUAACGCUCGUCCGCCCCUCGAUCCAGUGAUACCAAACAUUGUCCAUCAACUGUGGAAAACAACCGAUAUCAGUGACUAUUCCACCACCAUCACCGCGUCUUGUCAAUCGUGGAAGGCUAUGCUCGAGCCCUCUAACUACACGGUCAAGCUAUGGACAGAUAAUGAUGUCCUUGAGCUUAUCAAAGCAGAUUAUGCUUGGAUGCUGUCAACAUACGAAGGAUAUCCUCACGAUAUUCAGCGUGCUGAUCUUGCGAGACUGCUCAUUGUCCAUUCUGAGGGUGGCAUUUAUUCCGACCUUGACGUAAACCCCAAGUCGGCUGAGCGUAUUCGAUGCCUCCAGAGACUCCGAUUUCAAGCUAUUUUCUCCCCAACGGCGGGCACACUCGGCCUCAGUAACCAUUUCUUUAUGGCUAGGCCUGGAUCGCCAUUCCUGGAAUGGGCGCUUUACGAGGCCAAGCGGCGGAAUAGCAGGCUUGUAUCACGAGGCAUACUCCUCCCGUACCUACAGGUAUUCUGGUCCACGGGCCCGAUGAUGGUAACGGCAGCGUUCAGGAAAUACGCAUGGCUAUAUAAUACCCCUCGACUCGAUAUAGGGCUGCUGAACGACGGGUUUAGUGGCUCAGUGGUACAACAUGCUGCAGGGCGGUCCUGGCAAGGUGUGGACGGCAGGGCGCUGAAUUAUAUCGCGGAUCAGGCCGGACUAGGGCUCAUAUUAAGAGCGGUCGCAUGCUUUUCUGCAGUGGCAGGACUCAUAUUUAUGGCUAAAAGAUACAAUACUAGAGUCCCUAGGUGA